AUGAUUUUUAACUAUUAAUUAUCAUUUACAUUAAGUGUAAUUGUUUACUUACUACAAAAGUGAAAAAAAAAAUGUGAAUUCUAAUUGCUAUAUGAUGUAUCAUCAGCAAAUUCGAACUUCAUUUCAUACAUAUAUACAUACAUAUUUAUGGAUGGGCUCUUUUAGCAACAAAAAUGUUAUGAUUAAAGUAAAAUUUUUACAAGGCAUAAAAUGAAAGAUUAAUAAUUUGAAACAAAAAGUAGUGCCAUGCAGCCCCGUCUAGAUGGGAAACUGGCUUUAUUAUAUACAUUAUUAGUUCUACAAGUUCUAAUUGUUAUGAUUUAUGUUGCUACAACUCCACCUUCUGAAUUAACUGUAUCCACAACUCAUACUUCUGUUACAUUUGUGAAAUUUGAAGAAUCACAAGAAUCAAAAAUUCAACAAACUAAUUAUAAAAAGUUUCCCAUCUACCAGACAAUCAAUGAAGAAAUAAUAUUAAAUGAAAUCAAGACUUUUACUUUGUUUGAAGUAUACAAUCAUACUAUUUGUUGGAAAUAUGGAGUUGAUGAAUCAAAAAUGAAAGGUAGUGAAGAUCUUCAAAAAUGUAUUUGUAUACAUGGGUGGCAUGGUUCGGAUUGUGGUCAACCAGAAGUUGUUUGGAGAGCAAUUAUGGCAUCAAAGCAAAAUGUUAAAUUAAAACAUCGUAAAAUAGCUAGACGUAUCAUUCAUACAUUUUUUCUACAUGAACAUAACUCAGCAAUUGCAGAAGUGAUAGUAGAAGAACUAUAUAAUGUAGUAGAUCUUUUUGUAAUCUGUGAUUUUAGUAAUGCAGAAGAUAAUUUCCAUCAUAAACUACUUAAAGGUUUAUUACAACAGAAACAGAAAAAAAUUUUAUAUAUUAAUAUAUCAACGAAGUUACACAAACCAUCAAGAAUAUUAUCUAAAUAUAUUUGGGAAAAACUUAAGACUGUAAUACGAAAUUUAAAAGACGAUGAUAUUUAUAUAACAACUGAACCAGAACAAAUAUUAAAUUCCAGGGCAUUAAUGUUCCUCAAGGUAUAUAAUGGAUGGCCCCAACCUAUUGGUUUUAGAUUAAGAUGGUCUGUUUAUGGAUUCUUUUGGCAACAUCCACUUAAAACAAUGAUAACAGUUGGUGCAUGUACAAUUGGAUUAAUGCGUGAAGCUUAUCAAUCAAAUUCUAUCAUGUUGGAACAACUGGAAGGAGAUUUAAGUGAAAGAGAUAGUCUAGGUCUAGUGAUAGGAGAUUUAAAUCAUUAUGGAGGGUGGUACUGUUAUUUAUGUCAGGCACCCGCAAAUAUUAUAACCAGUUUACAUAAUAAAGUUAAAUCUAAAGAAAUUCAAAUAGAAAAAACUAUUGAUGUACCAUUCAUUGAGGACCUAAUAGGAAGUGGAUUAUGGUUAGAUGGGAAAACUAAUCUCCUAAGAGUCUCUAAAUCUCAGGACCUCUAUUUUGCGCCUGAAACAAUACUUAAUAAUACAUGGAAGUAUGACUGGCUAGUAGAAAAUUUUUAUGCUAAGUUAGACUAUUAUUGACAUAUUAGUCACACCUGACUGUGAUAUUAACUCAUACUCAAUACUCAAUGUAAACUAUAAUAUUGUACUGAAUUUAUAUACUAAAAUAAUAUGUUGAAUGAAUUAU